UAAAACGUCGUCCGCUCGUUAUUUGCGAAACAGCGAUUACUGUUUCUAUUUCUUUUUUUACGCUUCCGAUGCGAUGUGCAUUGCUGAAUUUAUUUUUGAUCACGUUGAGUGAAACCGUAAAUUAAAAAAACUUGAAUUAUUUGAAGACUAAUAAUUUUUUUCCUGGAAUCAGAUCUGCAAAAAUGUUAUGGUUUCCAAGGAACUUGUUGAAACGUCAAAUUACGAUUAUUUUUCGUAAAAGAGUCCAGCCUAUUUCUGUGGCAGCAAAAAUAGAAGACUUUCAGGUGAAGAAUGAACCAGUUUAUCAAUACUUGAAGGAUAGCAAGGAGCGGAAGGAAUUAUUUGAUGCUGUAGCGAAAUACCAAAAUACAUGUACUGAAAUUCCUAUCAUUAUUGGCGAUAAAGAAAUUUAUUCUGGAGAUGCCAAGUACCAAGUAAUGCCAUUUGAUCAUGGAAAGAAACUUGCGAAAUACUAUUGGGCUAAUUCUGAUAUGAUAAAAAAGGCCAUAUUUGAAAGUUUAGCAGUUCGUGAACAAUGGGAAAAGACACCACUUUCUGAUCGCAUUAAGCUAUUUUUAAAAGCUGCUGAUCUUGUGAGUGGAAAAUAUAGAAUGGAUCUUAAUGCUGCAACUAUGCUGGGUCAGGGAAAGAAUAUUAUUCAGGCUGAAAUUGAUGCUGCUGCAGAAUUGGCUGACUUUUUUCGAUUUAAUGCAUAUUUUGCCAAAGAAUUAACAAAAUAUCAGCCUCUUAGUCCAGAUCCAAAAACAACUACAAAUUCUUUUCGAUUUAGAGGAAUUGAAGGUUUUAUUGCAUCAAUUUCCCCUUUCAACUUUACAGCUAUUGGUGGAAACCUUGCCUCUGGUCCAACUUUAAUGGGGAAUGUAGUUCUGUGGAAACCAUCUGAUACUGCAAUGCUUUCAAACUAUAUCAUUUUUAAAUUGCUGAAAGAGGCUGGAUUUCCCCCAGGUGUAAUCAAUUUUAUUCCAGCUGAUGGUCCUGUGUUUGGUGAUGUUAUAUCUACAUCGGAGGAUCUUGCUGGCAUCAAUUUCACUGGAAGUCUGACGACAUUCAAGUUGCUAUGGAAAUUGACAUCCCAAAAUAUUGACAUUUACAAAAAUUUCCCUCGUCUAGUUGGAGAAUGCGGUGGAAAGAACUUCCAUUUUGUUCAUAAAUCUGCAGAUGUCCGCACAGUUGUAGCUAGCUCAAUCAAAUCAGCAUUUGAAUACAGUGGUCAAAAAUGUUCUGCCUUGGAUCGCAUGUAUGUUCCUGAAAGCCUGUGGCCAGAGAUCAAACAAGGCUUAUUAGAGAUAAGAGACCAAAUUAAAGUUGGAUCUCCAUUGGACCCUGAAACAUUUGUAUCUGCUGUGAUAGAUGAUCGAGCCUUUAAAAAAAUAAAAGAAUUUAUUGAUUUUGCUGAAGUUUCCCAAGAUUGCACUAUACUUGCAGGUGGAAAAUGUGAUGACAGUAAAGGAUAUUUUAUUGAACCCACAAUCAUUCAAACAACGCAUCCAACUAAUCUGGUCAUGAAAGAAGAAAUAUUUGGACCUUUGCUUAUUGUCUAUGUUUACAAAGACAGUGCUAUGGAAGAAACUCUUGAACUUGCUAAAAACCAUAAAUAUGCCCUAACUGGAGCAGUAUUUGCUCAGGAUAGGCAAUUUUUGGAACAUGCUACUGAAGUCCUGAAAAUGGCUGCUGGAAAUUUCUAUGUUAAUGAUAAAUCUACAGGGUCUGUUGUGGGGCAACAGCCAUUUGGUGGAGGCCGUCUUUCAGGAACAAAUGACAAAGCUGGAGGACCCCAUUAUAUGCUUCGGUGGGCUUCUCCACAAGUUGUUAAAGAAACCUUUGUUCCUUUACAUGAGUGGAAAUAUCCAUACAUGACUGUGUAAUUUUUGUCAGUCGUGUAACAAUUUUCCAGGAACACAUGCUUGUCUUCCAUUGAGAAAUUGAAUAUUUUGGGAACCAAUGAGCUACCAGUGAAUCUCUUAUUUUCUUAAGCUAUGAUUUUUUGGUAAAAGAAUCUCAUAAAUAUAUUAUUUUUAAAAGCAUUUUAUAGAACUUUCAAGAGUAAAAUUAGCAUUUAAAAUAUUUGUUGCUUUAGAUUAGUAUGUAUAUUUUCAAAUUUCUUCUACAUUUAUUUUUUUUAACUUGAAAUCGGUGAUUUUAUGUUAUUGGGGCAAAAAUGAUCUGUUUUGAAAUUACUCCUUUAUUAAAGUUUAUUGUUUUUAUGUUUACAAAAGUAGAAUAGCUUGUUGUUGAAUCUUGUUUUGUUUGUUCCACUGAAAAUGUAUUUACCAUAUUCCUGUCUGAUUUCCAAAACAUAGUGAAACAAGCAUUUAUUUGUAUAUCUGUCAACUGUCAAUAAUAUGCACAAACUUAGUUAAGACUUUUUUUCUUCAUAAAUGUCAAUCUGUUUAAACUAUGCAUAGGCUUUUUUUUUUAUGCUUUUAAAUUAUAUUAUUUUGCCAUGUGAAUAUGUAAAUCAAUUUGUAUACCUACAAAAUGCAGAAACUGGUUCUUAAAAGUAAAAUUUUAAAAUUUUUAUUCCUUAAAAAAAUUUUUAUUUUUCGGAAAUUUAAAAUUUACAUACUUAAAACUUAUGGUAUUGGUGUAAAGUUUAAUUUUAUAAGUAUAUCCUACAAUAAUAAAAUGGCUUGUUAUAUAAAUAUUAAAUUCAUUGUCAAUAAUAUUUAGGAUUUGUCAAACGAUAGAUAUAAAAGAAGAAGAAAAUGAAAGUGUAUUAAUUAAUAAAUGAAUUUAAUGCAAAAAAAAAAAACAGAUUACAACUUCUCCUUGGCUUAUAACCAUAAGAAAUAAAUUUUGAAUUAAAAAAUAAUUUCGAAAUGUAUUUUUUGUUUACAUAAAAAGAGUUCCUAUAUAUUUUUCAUAUUAUGUACUGCUUUUACUACCCAAAUGGAGUGUUAUAGUGUUAAAAGAAUAUAAAUUCAACUUAUAACAUAUCAAGACAGUGUCUGCAGAAUAUCCUUUACUUACAUUUCAGUUUUAAGCCAAGAAAAUCCUGCGCUGUGAAAUAAUUUUUUUAAUAAAAGAUCCUUUUUUUUAUAUAUCAAAAUAUUUCUGGCUUAAUUAUGUCUAUCUUUGCUUGUUCUUAUAUAUAAAAAAAUUUAGAUCACUAAUUUAUUUGUUAUGGAGGAGUAUAUAUCUCAUAUCUAACAAUGUGCAAUAGUCAUCAAACUACUUAUAUAAUUUAUCAAUUGAAAAUUAUGUGUAGUAAUCUUUCUGAUAACGCUGUUGGAACAUGUAUUUUAAUCAUAAUUAAUUAAAGUGUUAUGAUAGUAAGUAUAAUUUUUUAUAUUGAAGAAUUAGGAUGAAAUUAUUUUUACUCCUGAGAUUGAUACCAAAAAUAGCACUUUUAUGUUCAAUACAACUAUUGUUGUGAUGUCAAAAGCCAACCUGCCAAAUCAUUUUUUACUUAGGAAGGAAAUGUUUUCAUAUCCUAGUCAUUACUUAAUAAAUGAAUCUGUUAUUUUUUUUUUUAUCAUGUAUUCAUAUUAUGUUUAUGCUGUUUUAAAAUUUUCAUAUUUUGUAUUUUUUGUGGUUUUGCUUAGAUGUUCAUUCUUUGUCAUAUUGAAUAUGUGUCCUUUGAAGCAUUUGUUGAUUUAUUGCUAUUUCAAAAUGAUAUUUUUUGCCAUUUAAACCAGUUGCAAAAUGCUAAAUAAGUUGUGAUAAUUUUUGAAAUAAGUGUUAUUAGUUUUGUUUUUUAAUCUAUAUUGAAUUCUGAUAGCUAUUUUAAAUUUAAUGCUUAGUUAGUUUUGAAACAAAAUUCAGUAGCUUUGGUCAAUUUUAUUAAUACCCUUUUAUUACUUACAUUGUUUAACAUAAAUGUAGAAUUUAUCUUCUCAGGUUUGCUUAAAUAUUUUUAGUUUUAUACUAAAGUUGAUCUCCCAAUAAUAUUCUUUUAUAAUUUCAGUUACUAAAAUAUACCAGAUUUUUAAAUAUUAUCUAUCCUUUCUUUGUAAAAAAAUCCUUCUCCACCCCCUUCUAAAAUGUUUGUUAAGUUCUAGAGAAAUUUUCUAAUUGUUUUUCAUUUUGUUUCAUAAAAGUAAUAAACUAGCAAUAAAUUUUUUUUAUGGAUUGUUUGAUAAUAAAAUCAAAAUAAAUCCAUUUAAUGAAUGCAUUUUAAGCAAAUUAUUAGCUGUUUUUAUGUUUUUGGUUGCUGCUCAUUUCAUUCUGAACCCUGUGAUUUUUUUUAUCUGAAUUAAUUAGUGAUUUAAAGAUCUUUUUUAUGAUAAAAUUUACUUAGAAAUUUUAUCAAAAUUUAAAAAUAAAAUUAUUUAUUUUAUCUGCAUGUUGAUCAUCAGUAAGUCUGUUCUACUCUGUUAGAUAUAAACCAGCAAAAAAUUGUCCAAUUAUUUCAAAAUUUUGUUAACUCCUUGUGAAAAAUUGGAGAAAACAUUUACUUCUAAUAGAAGUGCAACUUGUAACUAGUGAUUUGUUGUUUGACAACAUUUAAUUUUCAAUAAAAGUAUUGAAAAGCUUUUUUUU